GUUGAUAUUUAAUUAAGUUGGUGGUGAUUGGCUCUAGCGCAGUUGCCAAUUUGAUCCAAACCAUGUUUUUGCGGCAAUUGGGGCGGUCCAAGGCAAUCGCGGCGGCGUCUCUGGGCCUCGCCUGCGGGAUGGCGGCCUCGUCUCCUGCGUCGUACAGCAAGGAUUCGUUGACGACGAAGAGAUGGCACUUCUACAAGGGAAAGAUGCAUCCCAACAUCGGCAACACCGUCAAGCUGUUCAAAUGCGACGACACACCCAUCGCCGACGAGAUCGCAGAGUACCUCGGGAUCAAGCUCAGCGACAUGUCAGUCUCUCGCUUCGCUGACGGGGAAACGUCCAUUCAAGUGAACGAGAAUGUGCGCGGGCAACGCGUUUACAUCGUGUCCUCGACGAUCACAGUCGAUCGCAUCAUGGAGCUUCUCCUGAGCAUUGCUGCAAUGCGCCGCGCGUCGGCCAAGACGAUUGUCGCCGUCAUUCCAUUCUACGGGUACGCGCGACAGGACAUGGUGUCCAAGGGCCGCGGUCCCAUCUCUGCCGCCGAUCUCGCGCGCAUGCUCGAAGAAAUGGGGGUCGACCACGUCGUGACUGUUGAUUUGCACAGCUCCCAGAUCGAAGGGUUUUUCAAACCCGAAGUUCCCGUGGACAACCUGAACGCCGCGCCUGUCGGGUCGGUCUUCUUCAGCGAACAGAACAUCAAGCAUCCGUGCGUGGUGGCGCCGCACGCGUCGGCGGUGCGCCGGUCGCUUCUCUUCCGCGACACGUUGCAGCGCACGUAUGAUACCCCAUUGCCCAUGGCGAUUGUGGUGAAGAAGCACAUAUUGGAUCGAUCGACUCCGGGUGAAUUGGUCGGUGAUGUGGAAGGAAAGGACUGCAUUGUCGUGGACAACCUCGUGGACACGGGUACGUCGUGGUGCCGUAUGAUGAUGCGCGAUGGACGUGAUGAUCUUGUUGCUCUAGGAUCGACGAUGAUUGAGGUGGCCAAGCUGCUGAAGAGCCAUGGGGCCGCGACCGUGAGCGCGUUCUGCGUCCACGGCCGCUUCUCUUCGAAUGCGAUAGACGCGUUGAACGAGUGCAAGGAGCUCGACUUGAUUGUGACCACCGAUACCAUCCCAUGCCCUUCGAAUGUGGAAGCGCAGAAGACGUCCAAGAUCGUCACGCUUAGCGUCGCCCCUUUCCUCGCCGAAGCCAUCUCGUGCAUUCACGCCAAGGGCUCGAUGUCCCAAAAAUUUGCACUGUCCGCGUCGUAGUUGUAAAUUGGCCAAUCCAACAAGGGUUUAGUUUUGAUUCGUUGAA